AAUUUUCGGUUGAAUCAUUCCCGUGUUUUAUUUAAAGAAAAUGGACGCUUUAAGGUUCUCUGCUGUGUGCACCAUUUGUUCGUAUUUAUUGUAUUUCGAAGUAGUGGAUGGAAUUAGUUUCAAACAGAUGGUGGACAAGUGUGGGUCUCGCAUCACUGCGUCCGGCGAACACCAGCUGUCGCUGUACUUCUCUGGCAGCCGGGAAUGUGAGGUUACAAUAGAAACAACCAGCACAUUUCCAUGGAUAAUGUUUUACUUCCAGAGUUUUACAGUGGGCUGCAACGCCGGGAGUGUCAGUAUUAGAAAUGAAUAUGGACUACCACCAAACGGCUUAGCAAGAUAUCUCUGUAAUUACGUGUCGACCAGCGAAGUCUACACAAACAAUGGUGAUAUCAAGAUAAAAUUCACACCAAAAACGGGAUGGUCAUAUGGUGGUUUCACUUUAAUACUUACGCUGUUUUCAGAUUCAGAUUCGUGUCCAAUCUGGGGCCACGUAUGUGACAACGGGCGAUGUAUCGACGCGGGUUUGAAAUGCAAUGGCUACAAUACUUGCGGCGACAACUCUGAGUGUUGGAUCGAUCACAAAUUUGAUUACCGGUACAGCGGUUCUUCCACCGUAAUCCUAGGUGUAGGUGUUGCCGUCGUUGUCGUUAUUCUCAUCAUGGUCACAGUCACUAUCAUCUGUUGUAGAAGAAGACACGCGCAGCAGCGUAUUCCGGCCUCGGCGUCUACGAUGCAAGUCGUUUAUGCAAUACGCGCCGAUCCUGGCCGGUUUAACCAAGGGAUCACUCAUAGUAUGUAUGACAUAUGGAUGCAACAAACAGCAGCUAAUGCUCCACAGACACCCUCCGUGUUUGGCCAACAACCACCACCGUACGAUCCACAAUGGGUUCCCAAAGACAUUAAACAAGCAGACCAAGAAGCUAAUGGGAACUUUGGGAGUGUACAAAUACAUGCUCAAAAUGUCACAGAAACAGGCCAUCCGAGCACACGAGAAGACGUCCAUGUUUAUGACAAUAUAGCUGCUGAACGGUCUGACGAUCGCAACUACAGUACGAUUGAUGAGGCCAUCGUGGAUGCAAAUCAACGUUAGUGAUUAUGCACGACCUUGAACUCAUGCUUAUCUAACACCUAGCUUUCAAUUGGGCUUUUGUAUUUAAAAAAAACAUGCAUAUAUUCUUUCUUUGUGAGAUCUGGACGUAACAUGUUGUUUGAUUUGUUUAAAAUACAUAUCUCAAUGUUUAA